UCAUUCCAAAGGUAUUCAGAGCGCGGUGCAGUUGAACAUAUUGUACGGAAAUUUGCAAAGCAUAAAAAUCGUCAGUGAGGAGAGAAUAUAAAUCGAGGCGCGGAUAACAUUAAGCGCGGUGAAAGUUCAGGCAGAUUUUCUCUUUUCAUAAAAGAAAAGUCCAUCUGAACGAUGGAUUUUCGUAGCAUAAACCGAUACAACGUUUUGACUAAUGCCGUUUCGGGCAACUUUUUGCCCCUCAUGGGGCAAAAAACGAAGUUUCAUUUUCCUUCUACGUUCUGGGGGACGUUGGUCUGGAUCGUCGAGGCGACCUACGUAACCUCUUGGAUCAUUGGUAACGCGAGAUACAACCCCCCCGCGGUGGCCUUUCAGGAAGCUUCUGCAUCCUGGAUUCUCGCUGUUGAAUUACUCAUUCUCACGAUUCACCUUAAUAUACAUCGCGGAGAUUUGCGAGACUUGAUUCGUCGCUUGAACGAUAUUCUCGUCGAAUCGGACGACUUCAAGCGCUGCCUCGCCGAAAAUGUCGACCCGAACGUGACGUAUUUGAAAAUGUACUCAGUCAUGGCUUUCAGCUCGACGGUCCUGUGGGCUGUCACACCUAUUUUUCAAGUAUUCAGCCGAGAUACAUUCACUUACGGAGAUUGGACGAUGACCGCCUACGUCCCCGGGGAACCUUUCGGCGUUACGACCUUCGCUUGCGGUGUUUUUUUCCAAGUUUUCGGCGGAUGCUAUCUCGUCUUGAAAAAACUCAGCAUCGAUAUCUACGUGAGCUACUUCGUGACACUUUUGACCUCUCAGUACAAAUACGUUCGGGAAGAAAUAGCCAAGGCUCUCCAUCCGGAAAUUGAAACUGAAAGAGACGAACAGUCGGUGAUUGACGAUUUGAAAAAAUGUGUCGAGCACCAUUGCGCUGUUAUCGGAAUUGCUCGAGAUUUCAUGAAAAUAGUAGCCGUCAAUGUGGGUCUGACGUACAUCGGUUCGAUAUUGAGAUUUUGUUUCGUGAGCUUCGCCGUCGUUGCGUUUCGGGGCUUUUACGUAUACCAGUUUGUGUUCUUCUUGUACGGUAUGGGCGUUUUCGCUCAAGUUUUUAUUCUCUGUUUGGCAGCUCAGCAGUUGCUGGAUGCGAGCACGACGGUGACUGCGGAUGCGUUUCAUGAAAAUUGGCAUAAAAGCAACAAAAGUGUAAAGAAAUUAUUCUACACGAUCGAAUUGAGUAAUCACAUCGAGUGUAAAUUGACGGCGUACCGAACCGUCGAUUUGAUCAUCCCGACAUUGGCGGUGAUCAUGAAUAAAGCUUACUCAGUUUUCCUCCUUCUGCAGGAGAUGAAUUGAAUCUUCGAUCGACUUUCAGUCUGUAUAGCGUAGUAAAUGUAAUAAAAGUGCACUGCGUAAAA